GCGAUUCCCGCUCGGAGCCCGCCACCCAGGGCUGGGAGCGGCCCUCCUUUCCCGCUCUCCUCUCUCGGCUCUGGUGCCGGUGGUUUGUUAGGGGGUGGGCUGUGCUCGUUUUAUUUUAAUUAUUAUUUGAAAAAGGCGCGAGGAGACGUUGGAAAGAGGGAGGGGAGAAGAGGCCGCCGCCGCCGCCGCCUUGAGGUCUGGCUGCUUGAGAAGCCUUUCAAAAGAGCGGCGCCUGCGAGAGGGCGGGCCUAUUCUUGCGUGUUUGCGCGUGUGGAGGUACAAACACGGCCCGUAUAUAAAUUCGGGUGGCCGUUAAGAGGGAGGGGGUUCAAAAUGAGGGAGGGCCGGAGGGCGUCGGAGCAGUUUGGCUUCGGGCGCGGCGGUCGGCGGGGCGCGAGCGUCUGAACGCGACCAGUCUCGUGUCAGGCGGUCGAGGGCGCGACCCUGCUGUCCGGGCGAGGGGCUUCCUCCUCCACGUGAAGGGAAGUGGUGAGGAGGGGUCGCAGGCGUGCAGUGUCAACAUGUCUGAUCAAGAACGCCUGAUGAACUCAAUGAAGAAAGUAGUGAGGUCCCUGCUGACACCAGUCAAAGAAGGCCUCACCCCUAUGGAGUUAAACAAAGAAUACAAGUCUAUGAUAGGAGAACCACUUCCGUUUCGUGCCCUGGGUUACCGUUCUGUCAUGGAGCUGGUGAUGGAUAUGCCAGAUGUUGUUAGGAUCUGCCCUAGUGGAAAUGGCAAUACUGUCCUCAGAGCUAUUCCAGAUGAGUCCACUGAGUUGAUUGCAAGCUUGGUUGCCAGACAGAAAAGCAAACCGAAGCCAUAUUUUUCCAGGGGAAAGCCAAAUUUCUCUUUUCAUGCCAGAUCUUGCUCUGGCCUGCCUCAGCCCCCCCGAUUUUCUCUGCCCCGGCGGGGUCGGGUUUCUCCUACUCUGCCAGCUGUGGUAAAAAGUGAACUGAAGGAACUGCUGAGAUCUUCACCUGUCCUGCUUUCAGAUUUUGACAAAGCCUUUAGUCGGCACUUUGGACGGAAGUUUGAAUUUAUGCGUUUUGGGUUCUUCUCUAUGUUAGAAGUGCUGAAUGCAGCUUCAGAUAUCAUCACGGUUGUGCAGACAAGGGCAGGCUCCUUGUUGACUCUAAAGCCCCCCAUUAAGAAAAAUCCAGAAAAGCUGCCAGAGUGCAAAGCCGUGAUUCCAUCACAUAAGACAAAGCAGACUUUGCCUACUACUCUGCCAGCACCCGCAGUGAAGAAAUCUUCAACACCUUCCCUGCCUAUGGAUAAUCACAAUCCAUCUCCAAGCCAAGAAUCUGAUGCUUUAGUAGUAGAGUUGAAACCAGUGGAAACCCCAUUAGUGAGAACUGAUGAGAGGAUGAAACAACUAGAGAAGGAGAUGCAGAUAGCACUUUCCCAGAAAGGACCUGGAGGGACAAUCAGCUCAGAACUUAAGGAAAAAAUAAAAACUAUUGUAGCGCAGCACCCCGAAGGAUUGCUUGUUUCUAAGUUACCUGGUGAAUUUGAGCGACAUUUUAAAGAAAUACUGGCAGUAAAGAAGCUAGGUUUCUUAAACCUGAUGGAACUGGUUGGUGCCCUUAGUGAUGUUCUCCAUAUUGAAUGCAAAGAAGGGGAACAAGACUGGCGCAUCUUUGACAUUGAGUCACAACGCUUAAGAGAUGAUGAGCAUGCAAGUGAUAAGAUUGCCCAGCCUGACUCUUUAGCACAUGAAGAGACGCCAGAUGUGCAUGAGCUGCUCAGCUGGAAUUUUCCUCUGGAGGAAUCUAAGGCUCCAGAUGUGAAACUUAGUGUAGUAACGAAGAUGACGACACCGCACCUGGGUAUGGAGGAUACGCACAUUAUUCAAGAGAUCAUGGGAAAUGAAAUCCCGCCAGAUGCCGUCCAGGACAGAAGCCUUUACAGCCUUCCCCAGCUGGACACCAGUGCUUUAGUGGGACUAUUUGUGGAAUACAUUGUCUCUCCUUCGCAAUUCUACGUCCGACUCUACAGUGCAGAAACGUCAGUGAAGUUAGAAAACAUGAUGUUGGAAAUGAGACGAUGCUAUUCUAGUAAACAUGUAGCUGACCGAUACAUCAUGCCCGAAGCCUCAAUCAAUCCUGGCCAGCUUUGUUGUAUAAAAAAUUCGGAAGACAAAUGGUGGUACAGAGUUAUCAUUCAUCGAGUGCUCAGUGACCAGGAAGUGGAAGUGUUUUACCCGGACUUUGGAAGUACGAGGACUGCCCAGAAAUCCUCGCUGAGGUUUCUGAAGUCUUGUUAUGCAAAGCUUCCUGCUCAAGCAAUCCCUUGUUCCUUAGCUUGGGUGAGACCUACAGAGGACAAUUGGACUGCCAGUGACAUACAUGAAUUCCAAAGGUUGUGUGAACUGAAGCUGCUUGUGGGAGUCGUGGAUGAAUACAUAGAUGGAAUCCUUUACCUUUUCCUCUGUGACACCAGCUCUGACGAAGAUAUCUACUUGCACAAUGCACUGAGAUUAAAGGGCCAUGCAUUCAUCUGCAGAGAAAACCUGCCUUCCAAGAAUUUCAGAGAGCCAUUCUUUUCCUCAUUGUAUCUGAAACCCGGAGCGGAGCAGCAGUCUGGUUUGACAAAAGCAGAAACGCCCUUGCUUAAGCAGGAAUCUCUUUGUGACCUUCCAGAAGUACCAGAUUCAGGGUCUUGCUACAAUGAAGUGCUUUCCCAGGGUACAGCAAGCUCACGCUCAGACCCUGAGAUGCCGCUCCUUGAGCCAGUAUAUAUGUGCGACGAAAUCUGGGAUGAGAACUGGACACCUUCCAAGCAUUAUGAAGAAGAGGAAAAUGGUGAUCCUUUGUCCCCUGACAAUGCAGUGUUUCCCUGCCAUUCUUCGAGUGAUGAAGGGAAUAAGGAGGAGACUCAGCACAGCCAGGAAUUGACUCAACAGAAUUUCGGAGAACCAUCGUUUUCCACAUUGUAUCUCAAACUCAGUCCAGAGCAGCAGUCUGGUUUGACAAAAGCUGAAAUGCCCUUGCUUGAACAGGAAUCUCCUUGUGACCUUCCAGAAGUACCAUAUUCAGGGUCUUGCUACAAUAAAGUGCUUUCCCAGGGUACAGCAGGCUCACGCUCAGACCCUGAGAUGCCGCUCCUCGAGCCAGUAUAUAUGUGCGACGAAAUCUGGGAUGAGAACUGGACACCUUCCAAGCAUUAUGAAGAAGAGGAAAAUGGUGAUCCUUUGUCCCCUGACAAUGCAGUGUUUCCCUGCCAUUCUUCGAGUGAUGAAGGGAAUAAGGAGGAGACUCAGCACAGCCAGGAAUUGACUCAACAGAAUGUGGAUAUUUCCAUUCCCGUUGAGAGAACAAACUGUCUGAGUCUGGAACCCCUGAACAGAAAAGUGGAGUCAUCUGGAAGAAUGGAGGCAAGAAACACUCUUGGAGCUACAUCUGAUUCUUUGUCACAAACGCUGCAAGAGUUUUACAUCUCCAUUGUCCAUUCCAAGCAAUCAGCAGAGGAGAACAAAUUAGAUUUGGAUCUGAACAAAUUAUCUGGCUACGGUUCCCAACCACUUCCAUCACCAUCUGCCAUACACGGAAAUGUUCCUUCAGAGAGGAAGGUGGAUGAUGCCUCCACGACCCAAGUAAUAACCCUGUAUUCCGCUCGCAGCUGCCCUAACCAAGGGGGCACAGGUCACAAUGCCCUGGUGUUCACUGCCAAACUUCAGGGUUCCCCGGCAUCCUGCGUCGCUUGCAGCCCUAGUGUAGCCCUUGGAGCCUCAGCACGCUUAGCUACAUCUGGUGGCUUUUUCUCCUUUCAUCUUAAGAAGAUGGCAAUAUGAGGAAAGCCCAAGGAGUGGCUGGAUGGCUGUUCGAGACUUCAGUGGCUGGUUGCUUUCUUGUACACAUUGGUAAAGAAAAAAAGGGCUUGAAGGCUAUGGGAAUUCUACCUAUGUUUCAAUUUGGACUAAAUGCGGCAAUGAGUGCUAACUUCUCCCCUGUUUGUAUAGUUUUGUUGAUUCUCCUGUUCUUAAUAGAAUUGUUCCAAAAGUAA